AUGGCUCUGACCCAGGAAGCCGUGUUGAGUUUUCUGCUGGAGCGCGGAGGCAAAGUGAAAAACUCUGAGCUGGUGAACCACUUCAAGAGCCUCAUCAACAGCGGCGAUCCCGCGGGAAAGCAGCACAAUAGAGAGCUGUUCAAGAAGCUGGUGAACAGCGUCGCUGUGGUCAGGCAGAUCGACGAGGUGAAGUUUGUGGUGGUGAGGAAGAGGUACCAGGACUUUGUGAAAGAGGAGAUGGAUCAGAGCUUGUUCCGUCAAAUCGCGAACAGUAACGCGCGGCGCUCGUCAAGCGUAAGCAGUUACUACAAUGAUGAUAAAAGCUGCGUGGAGGGUUUGCAGGAAAGCGGGCCUGCUGUAUCCACGGCGGAUUCGGCCACCGUUAAAGUCCUGAAUAUCGCCGGAGAUCAGCCGUGCGGAGCGAGUAAAUCUGGGGCUGUGUUCGCUGUCAUAGCAGUCAGAUCCCCAGAGAGAGACUCCGCAGCGGGAGCAAGAGACGGAUUACGCUCCCAGGUGCAUCAGCAGCAUGGAAACCCUGACAAAGCAGUCAUCAGAGUUCCAUCACUAACUUCUAACUCCCCGUCUCAUCAGAGGGAGUUAAUAAAAGAGCCUCAGUGUUGGAAAUCCAAGCAGACAGAAGCCAAGCAGGCCCCAGGUUCUCCCCUGGUGAGGCCCCAAAACAAGACCCUCAGACAGGCUGAUGAUGAGUCUGUGCCUUUGGAGCCAAUAGCCCAUGAGUGGCUUGUUAAGUGUGCUGCUGGGCUGUGGGGACAAAUAUAUGCUUUACUGCUGCAGGACACACGCUUAGCACAGAGGAAGGAUUUCAUGUCAGGUUUCACAGCCUUGCACUGGGCUGCCAAGGACGGCAGCUGUGACAUCAUACACAAACUCAUUGAUGUCUCCAGCAAAAGAGGCACCUACGUGAAUGUCAACAGCAAAGCACACGGAGGAUACACGCCUUUGCACAUCGCAGCCAUGCAUGGUCACUCUGAGGUCAUGGUUGCUCUCGUGCAGCUCUACGGAGCCAGUGUGAACGAAAGAGACCAUGACGGCAAGAAGGCGCUUCACUACCUGGGGAAAGGUGCAUCGGCUGAGGUCAGGGCCCUGCUGGGAGGACAGCAGCAGAGUAAAGAGAAGAUGGAGGGCGAGGAAUACAAGGAGCACACAAGAGGCUUCAACACUAUCAGCAAACUGUUCCACCCUCACUUAGGGAAGAAACAUAAGACUUGCAGGUUUGCUCAUGAGUGGUAA